AGGGACUCUUGCCCACAGGCUCUGUUUUCACCUUACUCUUCGUUGGAUCGAUUGUUCCCCGGUGUUUUGAUUUGGACCUGCCAACUGGAGGUUUAUUUCCGAGACGACAUGAAGCGCUGCCUUGGACUGUUCCUGCUGGUUUGUUGUGGGAUGCUUCGUUUGGGAUCUGGACUCCGCUGCUACAAGUGCUCUGAUUACACCGGGCGCUGUCAGAACGUCCAGGACUGCACAUAUGAGGACUCCUGCAUAUCACUGAGUGAAAGAGGUGGGAAGACCAUCCGUCAGUGCAUCAGGUACACGGACUGCGAUAACUCUCGUCUCUCCCAGAUGUUCCCGGCCAUCUCCAGCUACACCUACCGCUGCUGCAGCAGCAACCUGUGCAACUCCGGCAACGCCGCCACCAUGGCGACGCCCGUCCUGGCCCUGGCGGGGUCCCUGCUGAGUGUUUGGUGGUGCCGGAUCUGAAGACGCUGUGGACAAAACAACUGCAGCAGUCUAGCGUCUCAAAGUUAACGUGAACUAAACCGAGGGUGGCCGUUGAUUUUUAGUUGCCUUUGGCGCUUCCAGUUUCUCAGGUCAGGUCUGAAAGUCACAAUAAAUGAAGACUUUUUCACCUUGUUUUCUAAUUUCCGGUCUAACAAUGAACACAUCAUCGCAUUGCAUCACAUUCUGGUUCCUUCCUGCAAACACCCCGGCGACUUAGGCCGAACAAAGAAAACCAUCAAACGUUUUUGAACAGUUCUUCCCGUCAAAGUAAACUACCCUCUACCCCCCGACUCUGAGAGUCCACUGGUUGAGUUAUAGAUUAUGUCUUGUCCCAACACCUCGAAAUCUAUCAGAUCACGAGAGCAAUCUCUCAAUCCUCUCAACGUACCGUUUUAUCGAGACUUUAAGUCGGACGAAGACCAGGACCCAGAUCAGACUCAGACUUUUGUUUUCUCUCCGAUUUGUACAACGUUUGAUUUUCCUCCAUUAUUCUGCUAUAAUCCAAUAAGAUGAAGUUUUUUAUCACAUUAUCACCGUUCAAAUUAUUAUGAUGAUUUGUGUAUUCUGUCUACAAAACUGUGGUUUUGGGUUGUUUAAAUAAACUUUACACACAUUUGUAC